CAAGGAAAGGUAUUGACAGUUCUCAUUUCGCUCUUCUUAAAAGUUCUAACUUCUCCCAACGGCCUCUCCGAUCCUCGUGAUAGGAAGAGGAAGAAGGAGACCUUGCGGAUAGAAAGUUCCUCGCCAUGAACGAGAAAGCUAACGUUUCUGAAGAACUUAAUGCCAAGCACAUAAAGAUAUUGGAGGGUCUUCUUAAAUUACCAGAAAACAGAGAAUGUGCUGACUGCAAACGCAGGCUCCCACGAUGGGCCAGUGUGAAUCUUGGAAUCUUCAUAUGCAUGCAAUGUUCAGGGAUCCACAGAUCCCUUGGAGUGCAUAUAUCAAAGGUUAGAUCUACAACUUUGGACACAUGGCUUCCAGGGCAGGUUGCAUUUAUCCAAUCUAUGGGGAAUGAGAAAUCAAAUAGCCAUUGGGAAGCAGAGUUGCCCCCUAAUUAUAACAGAGUUGGAAUUGACAAGUUCAUUUGUGCCAAGUAUCAGGAGAAAAGAUGGGUUCCUAGGGAUGCAAAAGAAAAAUCAUCGUCAACGGUGAGGGAAACAAAUGGUUCAAUUUACAGACCAGGACCUGGAAGUAGUUGUUGGCAUGGCUACACAAAAAAUACUAAACACUCAUCUGAGGAGAGGAAAUAUGCUCAUCCACCCAGAACAUAUGACAGGAUAAUUACAUCAAAAGGCAGUGUUCCAGUAGAUGUUGAUCUAUCCUACCAGUCACAUAUGGUGCCACCAUUCUCUAUCCAUCAACAACUGCCAAUGCUAGCCCAAAAGUCAUUUCUCAUGGGUGCUUCAGCAAAGUCUAGUGGCAGAUCCCAAAUGUCGCCUGCCAUUGUACAUCAACCUGGCUCGAAUGCUACUCUCAUACCUGAUCAGAAUUGGGGAAGCAUAGGCCAUCAAGUUCCUGGAAUGACGAUGCCUGGGGCUGAUCCGCAAAAAUAUGUGCAGAAACUAUUUGUUACAAGAAUGAGAGCAAGUGGACCUCCCUCACUAUCGUUGGUACCUUCAGUCACUCCUAACUCAACCAGCAAAAGAUCAUGAUUUCUCAUCAUUAAUGCAAGGGAUCAUGUUUAUGAAACAGGGACUGAAAAAAUGUGGUUAACAGAAAUAACUAAAUUAGAGAGAAGCAUUUGAAGCAGUCUCUUUCCCAACGAUUCAUUUGUAUCAGCAAUUUUGCUGGCAUAACAAAGUUGAUUUGUCUUAUUUGAGUAAUAUAAGUUUAUCUUUUGAUUUCCC